UGCCUGUCCACCUUCGCGCUUCUCCUUUCAGUUGUUGCGCGCCAAUUCGUUCUGGUUUUCUUUUGCUUCCUCGGCAUCCUCGAUCUUCUUUUCGUUAGUCUGUCUUUAAUGUCUCUCCAGUCUUGGAUGCAAGCGCUAGUUCGGUAAUGUACUCUUCAUCGAAUUCCUUCCUGGGCGGCGCCAGCAGCGCUCGUCCAGGACAGCCGUACAUGCAGCAGCCCUCAUACUCGCAAUUUGCUCCCGGCCAGCAGCAACAACCGCCGCAGCAGACUGGGUUUGCUGCCCAGGCGACCGGGUAUGCCCCCCAACUGUCCAGUUUCGGAGCCUCUCAGUUGCAGCCUCAACCCACGGGGUUCCCGGCUGGUCAACUCCAACAUCAGUUCACCGGCUUCCCUGGUGCAGUGCCACAAUCGCAGCAACCUGGCUUUCAGACUCCGGUCCAGCAGUCGCAGUUCACUGGAUACCCCGCUCAGACGCAGUCUCCGCAGUUCCAAGUCCCCUCAAGCACUGGCCUUCCUGUUCGUUCGGCGCCACGGACAUCGUCGGAAAUAGCGGACUCGUUCCAGGAUGGUGCCGGCAUAGCUCCACCACCACCGCCUAAGUCAGCCGGCAAUAAGAUACCCAGUAUACGACUCUCGUUCAUCACCGCGCAGGACCAGGCCAAAUUUGAACAGCUCUUCAAGUCUGCGGUUGGGGAUAACCAGACAAUGAGUGGAGAUAAAGCAAAAGAGCUUUUGCUGCGGUCCAAGCUCCCCGGGGGUGAUUUGUCCAAGAUAUGGGUCCUUUCGGAUUCCACCAAAUCUGGUCAGCUUUUCUUUCCUGAAUUCGCCUUGGCUAUGUACUUGUGCAAUCUCAGGAUCACCGGUAGGGAUCUACCGGACUCACUCCCGGAGAAGAUCAAGAACGAGGUUUCCAGCAUGGUGGACAUCAUCUCUUUCCAGGUUCCUGACACCCAGCCGGAACCAGCUAUUAGAACUAACGUUCCGAGCUUUGAUGCUCCUUUACUGGAAAAUAAAUCUGCUCCUCCGGCCCCCCAGCAGCCGCAGCCACAGCAGCCGAGUAAUGCCCAGCUUCUCACACAGCUCACAGCACAGCCGACAGGAUAUCUCCAGGCAACCGGCUUCCAGCAGAACCAAUCCUCUUUCUCGGGUCAGAACUCUGCCCUUGGCCCACAAGCUACUGGGUUUCCUGGACAGUCUCAUCAACAACUCCUACAGUCUCAACCAACCGGGUUCAUGAAUAACCCCCAACCAACAGGGUACAGCGGGCCUCGUCCUCCGAUGCCCCCAAUGCCUACUGGCUUUGGAUCAACCCUGAGUCCUGCGCAAACCGGGGGAAUGACUGCGCUGACUGCGCAGCCUACGGGGGCUCCGGGUCAAUGGGGGUUUGUGAAUGCCCCAUCAUCUGGCUUGCCUAACAUUGAAGCUCUCAAACAGCAACUGAUGCCGCAGCCGGGCCGUGAAGGUGGCUUUUCUGCGGUUGGUUUGUCUGGAAAUGCCCAUAUCCCCUGGGCUAUCACCAAGGAAGAGAAAAAGAUCUAUGAUGAUCUCUUUCGAGCUUGGGAUGGAUUCCACAAGGGCUUUAUUGGAGGUGAUACUGCCAUCGAAAUCAUGGGACAGAGUGGCUUGGAUCGGUCAGAUCUGGAACGCAUUUGGACGCUAGCCGAUCCAAAUAAUAGAGGGCGCCUGAACAUGGAUGAAUUCGCCGUCGCGAUGCAUCUAAUCUAUAGGAAACUCAACGGGUACCCAGUUCCGAAUCGCUUACCUCCAGAGCUUGUCCCUCCAUCCACGAGGAAUCUGAACGAUUCGAUAGGCACGAUCAAGUCUAUGCUCUCUCAAGAUGCAGAGUCCCGUAAGGCUUCUGGCGCCUUCUUGCAACCGCAGAAGACCGGAGUGAGCUACCUCAAAGAUCAUUCUUUCCGUGGUGGUGCAGUGUCUCCAGGUGUCGGUCGCAAAGAUGCUACGCUAUUCAAGAACAACGACGAGGCGGCUGCUGGGUAUCGCUCCAGUGCUCGCCGUCGUGUUGGAAACAACGGCCGAACACCAUCUCCUGCUGCUUCUCAGGCAUCCGAGGAAGAGCUCUCCGUCGAGCAGCUAAAGAAAAAGAUCCGUGAAGCUCAAAUUAUGUUAGAUGCCGUGGAUUUUCAGGAUGAGAAUCAAGCGGAGGAGGACGAUGCGUUGGACCGGAGAGAUCGGAGAGAAGCGGAGAGCCUUAUGGACCGGAUACGGCGGGUACAGGAUGACAUUGACACCCAUCCCGAUGCUUCUUUCCGCAAUCUUGACACCGGGGCUGAACGGAGGUCGCUCCGUCGCCAACUGCAGGCUUACGAGGAUCAAGUCCCGCAGGUGGCAUCGGAAGUGAGACGCGUUGAGCGAGAGAUUGCUGAGGUCAAACUUGAGUUAUUCCGUCUGAAGGACGCAAAAGAUCAUCCUAAUAGCGCGUCUUCCAUCGUGGGUACGGGCCCUGGGGGUACAGUCACAGAGGCCGAUCGUAUCAAAGCACGUGCUCGUGCCAGGAUGCAAGCCCGCGCCGCUGAACUUGCUGGAAGGCCCGUUCCUGCCACCCAGGACGACGAUGGGGCUGCAGCUCGUCGGCUCGAGGCUGAGAGUGCCAAUGUCAAGUCUGAACGAGAGAGGAACGAGACCAUGACCCGCGACGUGGAGGACAGUGUUCGGGAAUUUGCGCGGAGUCUAGAGGAUAGUCUAAGGGACGAUGGCGAGAGUUCAACGCGUGAGCAUGAACGGCGACGGUGGGAGGAUGCCUUAGGAGUUGAGGAUGUGAUCCGGGACUUGAUUUACGAUUUGAAGAGAAGCAGUCGCACUGCGCAUGUCCGGAAGGAAGAGCAACUGAGAGCAGCAGACACCAGAGAGCAGCGGUCUCGUUAUGACGAACCAACGCUGGGAAGUGCCACCACAGUGCGGUCUUCCCCAACGCCAACUGGCUCUGCCGGAUCAGUGGCGGGUUCUACGCAUGAGGACCGUGUUGCAGCUGCGAGGGAACGUGCGCAGAAGCGCAUCGCUGAAAGAAUGGCAGCUGCUGGACUCAAACCCCACAGCGAUUCAGCGGAGACUCUGCUCCAACGACAGGAGCGUGAGAGAAAAGAACGCGAAGAGCGGUUGAAACGGGCAGAAGAAGAAGAUGCUAAGCGAGAGCAAGAGAGACAACGCCGUUUGGCCGAAGAACAACGCGGGCCUACGACGCAGUCUGCUAAGCCAGCGGGCAAGAAACCUCCGCCGGCACCGCCUUCGCGGAAGGGUCGCACCGACAGUGCAGGCCAAGCCGACGCAAAGAAGGCAGCAGAAGAAGCAGCCAGAGUAGAGCAAGCUGCCCGGGAGCAGGCUAUUAGAGAGGAACAGCAGGCGCAGGAAGAAGAGACGAUCCGUCUUGGGAUCGAGGCCAGAGAACGCGAAACAGAAUAUGAGAGGGAGAAGCAGGCUCAGGAGGCCCGCCUUGCCGCGCUUCAAGAACAGGUGAGACAGGGCAAGAUCAAGAAGCAGGAAGAGAAGCGUCGCAAGGACGAGGCAGCCCGAGUGGCGAAAGAACAGGAAGCAAGACUCGCAACUCAGCGCGCUGAACUUGAAAUGGCCAAAGAACGUGAGCGUCAGCUUCAGUUGGAACUGGAAGGCUUGGAGCAGGAGAGCUCGUCGGAUGACGAAGGCCCUCUCAAUAUCACACCUCAGGAUAGUACUCCGACUCAAAGUCAGGUUCUUCCUGUGGCAGACACCGUAUCGACACCUCCGGCUCUUGCGCCGGAGCCAGAAGCCGUGACUAGCCCCGCUGGCUCUCCUCCAAGCAGCCACGCCGCACCCGCCAGUCUCAGCCCGGAAGCCGAGUCCAAGAAUCCUUACUUCAAGAGAAUCAGCCAGUCUGACAACCAGGUUCCGCCGCCGCCCCCUGCACCCCAGCCCACGGCUCCGAAAGCCGAAUCUCAGUCGACCAACCCUUUCCAUAGGCUGGCACAACAGCAAGAGAGCGCCAAGCCUGCCUUUACUGUUUCUGGACCACUGGAGCGCAAAUCCCGAGUGCGCCCAGAAGCAGAUGAUGACUGGUCUGCGGCAGGGUCGGACUUCGAUUCGUCCGACGAUGAUGAUGAUGAUGACCGGCCGGGUGGCGGUAGCGCGAAGCAGCUGGCAAGCAUCUUAUUCGGCACCAUGGCUCCUCCACGGCCUCUGAGUGCCAUGGACGACAAGUCCCCGUCAAAGUCGUGCACGCCGGUCCAGGAUAGCCCAGUAAUCCCAGAACCAGCGGCUGAGACAACCGAAGCACUCUCUGUUCCGGCCGCUAUUCCCCUUCCCCCGCCUCCCCCACCAGCCCCAGCACCGCCAGCAAUGCCCGGCUUCAGUGCUGAAGCUGGCGCGCCGCCCCCGCCGCCCCCUGCUCCGUCCAUGGCACCCCCAGUCCCGCCUCCAGGGGUGCCCCCACCACCCGCGCCUCCGGCCGCUCCCAUGGGAGGGGGUAGAGGUGCUUUGUUGGCGUCGAUCCAGGCCGGCAAGGGCCUCAGAAAGGUCCAGACAAAUGAUCGGAGUACUAGCUCUACCGCAGGCCGUGUUCUGGAUUGAGGCUGAAGGGCACGCCACAUCGGACACGCAUCCUCUCUCUAUCACACACUUACAUAGGCGGCCAGGAUGGGUUGUGAGGCAGUUUGCAAGUCGCGAUGGAGCAGAUGGGAAGCGCGCGUGGCGAGUGCUUAGUCUUUUUGUCUUCUUCCGUUGGCCUUUCAUUGUAAGUUGGCAUGGAUACUCCUGUGUUUUCAGCCUGUAAUCUUGAUUUAUACGGCGUUAAAAACGAUAAUAACUACCGUUUCGUCUCGUAA